AAUAGUUGUAAAAAUAGAUUCUUUAAGAUGUAGAAAAUAUUAGAUGAAAAUUAAUAAACUUAAAUGUUUGACUUUAGCAAAAUGUCUUUCAGGAUUUUUGUAUUAAAAAUUAGAUGAAAAUAUCAAGUAUGAUAAAAUAUUGUUAGAUUUAAUCUGUAAAUAAAAUGUUAAAAUAAGCAGAAGUUUAAUAAAAGAGAAAAUAAAUAAAAGUUUAAAGAAGUUUGAAGUGAAACCAGGAAGAAUGAGAAAAGAAAAUAGUACAGAUAGUAUUAAUAUUACUGCUGAUAAUAGUAAUAUUAAUAACAUUAAUAUUAAGAAGAACAACAGAGAAGAGUAAAACUGGUCCAGUCGAAUCCCUGGUUCUGGUUCUGGUUCUGGUUUCUACCAGCCAGAGGAGGAAGUGUCACUUCUCUAUCAGACGGUGAACUGCUGGCCCGUUACCAUGGAAACUGGACCCAGGUCAGGCCUCUGUCUGGAAACCUGCAGUAAACGUUUCUGUUCCCGGUUCGGUUCUGCUCCUGAGCCCGGCCCAUGGCAGGAAGUGACAUCAUCAGCCUCUCCUGGGAGCCGCUGUAAGCUAACGAGCCGCAUUGUGUUAGCGGGACAGGAAGUCUAUUUAUGCUGCUGGAUGCAGCGCGGCUGUUGUUGAUGCUUCCUGUCGAGGAGACGCAGCCGAGACCCGUCCAGCUGUCCACGCGUCCAGCUGUCCACGCGUCCAGCUGUCCACGCGUCCAGCUGUCCAUGCGUCCAGCUGUCCAGGUGCUUGGUCCAUCUACCUGUUGGGACACCUGGAUGUGUGUUAGCGCCUCCUACUGGCUGUGCUGUUGUUGCUCCAGCUGGCAGCAGAGAAAUCCUGAGGCUGCUGCAGGAUACGGAGGACUGGUGCUGCCAAAACUUUAUUCAUAGUUGCUUUUAACCAUAACUAACUAUAUUAUUUAAUUUUCCAUUUCUUUUCAUUUCCAAUCAAAUUUGUUUAAUAAUUACUUUUCUUUGCCUAAUUAUUUUGUUCAGAUUCUAUAUUUAUUGAAUUUUUUUUCAAUUUCAUUUUUAGACUUUUGGAUGUAAUAUUUUCCACAUUAAUCAUUUUCUCAAGUCAUUUGUUUAUUUCAGUAUUUGUGGUUGUUUAUUGGCAGUAGCAGUCCUCCAUAGUAAUGAAGCAGCUGCUGAUUCAUAGUAGAAACCACAAAGACCAUAAGCUUUAGUUUAAAAAAUGUGUAGUCAUUUUAAAAAAACUAAAAUUUACAUUUUUAAAAAUUAUUUUGAUUUUUUGUCUUGUAGUUUUUAAUUUUUUUAAAUUUUGUAAUUCAUUUUUAUAAUAUUUUGCUGUUGAUGUAAAAUCUGGUCAGUUUCUUCCUGCUUGUAUUAAAGCAGUUUUUCUGCAUUAAUUAUCAGAUUAAUAUGACAUAAAGAUGAAAACUGGAUCUGGACGCUGUAGAAACAGGAAGUGAUGUGGCAUCAUUUCCUGCAGGACUCAGAGUCAUCUUCACAGGAAACCAGCCAAAAAUAAACCUGGCUGGUUUUGUUUGAGGAAGUGAUGCUCGUUACCGUGGCAACGUGUUCCACAGGCAGGCCUGCAGCCGCGUUGCCGUGGCAACCAGCGGGGCAGCGGGACAGCAGAGUGUCAUGCUGGCUGUGGAUCGCAGCGCUAUGUGGUGAGCAGCAGGGGGCAGCAGAGAGCUACUGUUCAUAAAGGUUCAGUCAGGCUCUGAUAUGAACAGAGGUCAAAGGUCAGCAGUCAGACACCAAACAAACAGCCCUUCAUGUUUCCACUGAUCGCUGGUGGAGAUUAAAUCCACUUCCUGUUGGGUUUCAGCUGAAACUGGCCAAUCAGAGCUCAUGUUGACCGAAUUGUAUGGAAAGCAGAUUUACCUGAAAAUCAGAUAGGAAAAGUUCAUCUGAGCUGGUUGACUUUCUUUCUUUCUUUUUCUCUUUUUUUCUUUCUUCCUUUUCUUCUUCCUUUUCUUCUUUCUUUUCUUCUUUCUCUCUCCCUCCCUCAUGUUUUGGUGGAAAGCAAACAGAGAGUUUUAUGUUUGAUCAAAUGAAGGUUGUGCAGUGUCUGAGAGUUGCAGGUUGAAUUCCCUGCUGGGUUUGUAUUGUUAGUCUCUCCUGGGAGUUGAACCGUCGGCCUGUCCCUCCUCCUCCUCUCCUCCAGGAUUAAAGGUUUGUAUUAUAACUUCAUGAAUGUGUGAUGAGCUGCUCUCCAUCUGUGCUGCAGCUGCCUCUCUGUCAGCUCCUGCUGCAGCUUUGGGCUUCAGAUGGAUCUACGGUGUCCCUGAAGGCCCAGAAAGUCAAAGCACAGCCAUCAGGAGAACAUCCAGGUCUGAUCCUGGUUGGCACAGGAUCCCCCCGACCUGUGGUCUCCAUGGCAACAGAGCAGCAUAUGCUUGGUGGAGCAGGAGCUUCCUGUCCGGGUUCACAUGGAUCGGAUCCUGACCCAACAGAACCUCCUUGCUGCCCCUCCUGGUCACUGCUGGUCACUGCUGGUCACUGCUUCCUGCUUUUCUUUGCUGUUUUUGAGUUUUUUUCUGCUGGAAACUGAAACCUGCGUGUGCACAGUGAUGAUGCUGUCAGCAGGGGUCCUGCUGCUGCCCCUCCCCCACCCGCUGCUGGUUGACCCAGUUUCCAGGCUGCAGGGUGAGGCAGAGUGUGGGAGGAAGAUGCUGCAGCUGCUCAGGUUGUUGGUUCGGUUCCACCUGCAGUCACACCUGCAUCUGAAUAAAUCCGGACUUUAGUUUCCGGAUCACGGGGGAUAAAAUCGGCUGCCAACGCCUGGUUCUGUUUGGGCCGGGUCGGCGCCGUUCUCCUCACAGUGACCGCUCCGGCAGCCGCUGCAGCGCCGCAUGCAUAUUUCAUAGCAUAGAGAGACGCAGCAGCAACACGCAGCCAGUCUGCUGGUUUCCAGGACUUUACCGCUCUGAGGUCCUGGUGCUGACCCGGUUCAGGUUCUGGCCGCUCUGACCUCAGCUGGUCUGUCAUCCUUCAUGUUUCCGUCUGUCCUUUUGGUUUUGUGAAUCAGAAGGAGACGAGAGCAGCUCAGUAUUUCAUAGAACUAUUUACAGAGGAACAGUUCAGUUUUCUGAUCAACUAUCCAAUAGAUCAAUAAUUAUCUGAUGUGUAAAUAUAUCAAAAUAAACUUUUAUCAUUCAGGAAACCAAACAGUUGCUUCCUGGUUCUGAUCCGGUUCCACUGGGUUCAGUUCAAACUGGUGGAACCGUUACUGAUUAUUGACGACCAGGAAAUCUAAACAGAAUCCACCAAUCAGUCGCCUCUCACCUUUAAUCAACUACUAGGGCUAAAGGUCAGUCCUGUGGGGGUCAGAGGUCAGCAGAUAAACCUUAGGGGAGAAUCUGCUGAGGUUCUGACCCGUUUAACCUCCAACAGAACUCUGGAAGGAGGGAAUGUUUUCAGUGUGACACAUGAAAAUCACAGAGUGAGGAAGAAGAGGAGGAAACAUGAUGAAGGUCUGAGGUGAGGAUGAAGGAUUAGGCUCCACAAACUCAUGCUUAGCUCCUCCCACUUCUCCAGACGACCUCUGACCUCUACAACUGGUUCAAGGGAUCCAGACCCUAAAAGGUCAAAGUUGAAAGUUGUUUUCCUGUCAACAGUCUGACCAAGUUACUACUGCAGGAAACACAGAAAAAGAAAACAGGAAGUGGAACCCAGGUAGGCGGGGCUUCUUGCUCCAAGGCCUGAAUGAGACGCUGACGUCUCCUCUGAUUGGCUGACAGAUGAGCGCUAGCGCCACCAUGGUUCUGAGUUCUGAAUGAAUGAACUGUAACUGUUUCAUCCACCAUCGUUAUCAUGUGAACACAUGAAUUCACAUUUGAUUGAAGCAACGCCUCCAGGUUGAGUUUUUGUUACAUCAGAAUAAACAAACAUCUGUGAUGUGACCAGCUGGACAGGUUGGACGUCUGAGAACCGGGUCAGAACCCAGACUGGAGGUUCUGCUGGGAACACUGGGAGACCCGGAGAGGCUGAGGGAUUUUCCCACAGCUUCACUGGAACCACAGCAUCGUCUGCAAACAGCUGGACCAACAUGGCAGCUCUACUGGGCUCUAUGGAGGGAACGUGUUGGGUUCUACUCUGGUUCUGGUUCUGGUCAGAGGAACCGGCCCAAACUGGGAGACGGAACCAGCUGGGACUGGGAGUCUGUUGUUGGAGCUGCAGAUCUGCCUGAGCCUGCAUGGCUGCAGGGAGGAAGAGGAGGAGGAAGAACCAGCGCUGUGGGGAGAGAGAGAGAGAGAGAGAGAGAGCCGGCUGGAAAACCUGGACUGGAGACCGGAAUGAGGACUGGAACCUGAUCUGUUUGGUUUGUGAAGGAAGAGAUCAAAAAUAAAUGUUUCAGUCAAAAUGGUCCUGCAAGUUUGGACACCUUCAGUUGAUCUAAACUUUUAACUCUGGAGCCAGAAUUAAAAAUUAAUUUAUUAUUUUAGCUUUACCUGUUUAACAAUAAACCAGUUUGUAUGAAAAUAAAAACAUAAUUUGACUGUCGGCUUAUCAAGAAAAAGAUCAUUUGUUGGUUAUUAAUUAUUUUCUAUUUUUUCUUGACUUGUAGUCGGGCCGAACAAACUCAUUUGAAGGGCCACAAAUGGCCCCGGGCCACAAUUUGGCCACCCAGGAGUUAUUGUUUGGUUUAUUAGUCGUUACAUUUAAAUAAACUCAGAGCUCAGAGUAGAGGCAGGUUUUCCCUCCGUCAAACUUUCUCAGGAAUGUUUGUCAGAUGGAUGUGAUGUGAGUGUAGCUCCGCCCCAGUCCGCCUCUGGCGCUCCGCUCCAGGUUUCCUCCCCUCCCAGCUCCUCCUCCUGCCGCUCCGCUCCAGGUUUCCUCCCCUCCCAGCUCCUCCUCCUGCCGCUCCGCUCCAGGUUUCCUCCCCUCCCUCUGUGUGGGUGUCAGUGAUCAGUGGAGCGGCUCAGACAGCAGCAGCACUCUGGAUCUCCUCGUUGCUCAGCGGCAGCUGAAAACAUUGAGGCGGCGGCGUUCUGGUCCCAGGUGAAGCAGGGGGGAGGAGGAGCGGCAGACCGGAGGGGGAGGGACGCCAUGGCGGCCGGAGAGGAGCCGGGUCAGUGAGAAACAUCUGGAACAUCAGGAUGCUGAUGGAGAGGGGAGAGCCUCAGAGGAGGACCGUGUACCGGAUCUCCCUGACGCUGGUGAAGAGGGAGAACCUGGGGGGCUCAGAGGAGGAGGCGGGGCGGGGGAGUGGCGGGCUGGAGGAGGAGGAGCCAGAGCCGGCAGCGGCUCAGGGCGGCAUCAUGAGGAGGUUCAGGACGUUCAGCAUGGGUCAGCUGGAGCUGAGCCGGCUCAGGGCGUCCCGCAGGGCGCAGCGCGACGAACCGCGGCACGAAACCGCCGCCGCCAAGGUGAGGAGGCUCCUGAAGGCCCACAGCAUGGAGGACCGGGGCCCCCCACUGCCCGGGGCCCUCCCGAAGCCCGGCCUGCUGCAGCGCAGCUUCAGCUUCAGCGUCAGGACCCGGAUGAGCGGAGAGCUGCUGCGGCUCCGCGCCGCAUCCAAAAACGGAUCGCCACAGACCCCGCCCCCUGAUCAGGCCCCGCCCCCCAGGACCCGGGAGAAGAGCCGCACCCUGGAGGUGGGGGCCGUCCUCAACAGGGCCGACUCGCUGACCCAGCUGAGCCGCCAGAGGGCCGGCGCCGCCAAGAACCGCACGCUGGACAACAGUGACCUGCAGCGGCGGGACGCUCAGGGUGACGGCGCCACGCCGCGGGGGGGCGACCGGCGACUGGGGCGCUUCUUCAGCGGGUUCUUCUCCAGGCCCGGCCCGACCCGGAGCCCCGGGGUCGGCAGGUCGCUGCGGCACGGCGCACCACCGUCCAGCACGGAGAGCGUAGAUGGGGGCGGAGCCAAUGGCAACCACGACGCCUUCGUCAACAGCCAGGAGUGGACCCUCAGCCGGACCGUACCAGAACUCAAAGUGGGCAUUGUGGGUAAUCUGGCCAGCGGGAAGUCGGCGCUGGUCCACCGGUACCUGACAGGAACCUACGUCCAGGAAGAGUCUCCUGAAGCUGACGUGGAUGCAGGAGGGCGCUUUAAGAAGGAGAUCGUGGUGGACGGACAGAGUCACCUGCUGCUCAUCAGGGAUGAAGGAGGCCCCCCAGAGGCGCAGUUCGCUCUGUGGGUGGACGCCGUGGUGUUUGUGUUCAGCCUGGAGGAUGAGAUCAGCUUCCAGACCGUUUAUCACUACUACAGCCGCCUGGCGUCCUACAGGAACACCACCGACCUGCCGCUGGUGCUGGUGGGAACCCAAGACGCCAUCAGCUCGUCCAACCCGCGGGUGAUCGACGACAGCCGCGCCAGGAAGCUUUCCAACGAGCUGAAGCGCUGCACCUACUAUGAGACGUGCGCCACCUACGGGCUGAACGUGGAGCGCGUCUUCCAGGACGUUGCCCAGAAGGUUGUUGCCGUCAGGAAGAAGCAGCAGCUCUCCAUCGGACCCUGCAAGUCUCUCCCCAACUCUCCGAGUCACACGUCCGUCUGCGCUGCUCAGGUCUCGGCCGUCCACGUCAGCCAGUUGCAGACCAGUAACGGCGGCGGCAGUCUGAGCGACUACUCUUCGUCGGUUCCUUCCACGCCGAGCACCAGCCAGAAGGAGCUGCGCAUCGACGCGCCGCAGGCCACCAACACACCCACGCCCGUCAGGAAGCAGUCCAAACGCCGCUCCAACCUCUUCACCUCGAGGAAGGCCAGCGAUCCGGACAAAGAGAAGAAAGGUCUGGAGAAUCGGGCCGACAGCAUCGGCAGCGGGCGCGCCAUCCCCAUCAAACAGGGCAUGCUGAUGAAGAGGAGCGGCAAAUCCCUCAACAAGGAGUGGAAGAAGAAGUACGUGACGCUGUGCGAUAACGGACUGCUCACCUACCACCCCAGCCUCCAUGACUACAUGCAGAACGUUCACGGUAAAGAGAUCGAUCUUCUGCGAACCACCGUUAAGGUUCCAGGGAAGAGGCCGCCGCGGGCCGUCUCCGCCUGCGGCGCCGGGUCCAACCAGAACGCCAACGGCCUGGUGAAGGACAUGAGCAACGUCCAGCUGGGACCGGCCUCAGGCUCGGUGUCCAGCAGCGUGUCGGCGUCCCAGAUGGCCAGCGGCGUCAGCCUGGUGUCCUUCAACAGCCGCGGCCUGGACGGCCUCCACCAGCGCUCCUACUCCGUCUCCAGCGCCGACCAGUGGGCCGACGCCACCGUCAUCGCCAACUCUGGAGUCAGCACAGACACUGGCUUGGGCGACUCGGUCUGCUCCAGUCCCAGUAUCUCCAGUACCACCAGUCCAAAGAUGGAGCCGCCCCCAUCGCCACACGCCAACCGCAAGAAGCACCGGCGGAAGAAGAGCACCAGCAACUUCAAGGCGGACGGCCUCUCUGAACAAGAGGAGAACUUUGAGUUCACCAUCGUGUCGCUGACGGGUCAGACGUGGAACUUCGAGGCCACGUCGUACGAAGAGCGGGACGCCUGGGUCCAGGUCAUCGAGAGCCAGAUCCUGGCCAGCCUGCAGUCCUGCGAGAGCAGCAAGAACAAGUCUCGCCUGACCAGCCAGUCGGAGGCGAUGGCGCUGCAGUCCAUCCGGAGCAUCCGGGGCAACGGGCGCUGCGCCGACUGCGACGUACCGAACCCGGACUGGGCCAGCCUCAACCUGGGCGCUCUGAUCUGCAUCGAGUGCUCCGGGAUCCACCGGAACCUGGGGACCCAUCUGUCUCGGGUCCGGUCCCUGGACCUGGACGAGUGGCCGCUGGAGCUCAUCAAGGUGAUGUCGGCCAUCGGCAACGAGCUGGCCAACAGCGUGUGGGAGGCCAACGCCCAGGGCCGCCUCAAACCGGGGGCGGACGCCAGCAGGGAGGAGCGUGAGCGUUGGAUCCGGGCCAAGUAUGAGCAGCGUCUGUUUGUGGCGGCGCUGCCCGCCGCCGACGCGCCUCUGGGCCAGCAGCUGCUCCGCGCGGCGGCCGAGGAGGACCUGCGCGGCGUGGUGCUGCUGCUGGCCCACGCCUCCCGCCAGCAGGUCAACGACACGUUCGGCGACGGCUGCUCGCCGCUGCACCUGGCUGCGCACAAGGGCAACGUGGUUCUGCUGCAGCUGCUGGUCUGGUACGGCGCAGACCUGACGGCGAGGGACGCCCACGGGAACAGCGCCAUGGCGUACGCGCGGCAGUCCGGCAGCCAGGAGUGCGUGGAGGUUCUGGCCCAGUACGGUGGCGCCGACGAGCGCUACGCCCUGAUGACCACGCCCAACCUGCCGCGCCGCAACGCCAAUCGCAACAACAGCUGCAGCAGCCUGGGCAGCGCCGCGCUCAUCUGACCGCCGCCACCACGGACCCAGAGCAUGAUGGGAGACGAGUCUCUUACCUCAUCGGCCAAUCAGAAUCCAGGAACACAUCCCACAACUCCCAUCUCCAUGGCGACGACAGGAGACCCAACCAGAACCAGGCCUGGUGGGACAGGAGCUGAGACUCUGUUUUAUUUAAGGAGUUUCCCUCGCUGUGUGUGUGUGUCAGAGUGUGUGUGUGUGUGUGUGUGUGUGUGUGUCUGGGUGUGUGUUGUGUGUGUGUUGUGGACCAAUGGGAGAGCGUUCCUGGGAGCUCAGGACCUUCGGUGUUUCUGAUUGGUUCAUUUUGGGAACGUCGUCUGACUAAGGGCUGUUUCUUCUUCUUCUUCUGUAAAUACUGCGCCUCUGUCCUCAGUUCCUGUCACGGUCGCCGUGACAACGAGCACAAACAGGAAGUAGUUGAGUCUGUCGGUCUGGUUUGGUUUGAUACUCAAGCAGGACGUUCUGGACGAUCUGAUUGGCCAAGUCAGCAAGAGGUCAAAGUGCAGCGGCGUAUUGGAGCCAUUAGAGAUGAAGAAUACGGAGUACAUCUCUGCCAACAAACUGAUCUAAAAACUCGUCUUCUCAGCUCACCAUGUUCUCCUUUACAAGCUCAGCUCCAAAAGUCAAAAAUCUGCAAGAAAAGAACUUUAGAAAUGCUUCAUUUUCUUUCAAGAUUGAUUUCAAACUUUGAGAGAUUUUUGGCAGAAAUGUACUCCAUAGGAGAGCCCAGUGGUUGAUCCAAACCUGGAGUUGAUCCAGACAGUUCUGGAUCCUGAACGCCGUUAGCUUCCUCUGUUGACGUUUAUUUAGCUAGCAGAAGUUUAACUUCAAACGUCUUUAAACCUGUUUGGUUCGACAGCCAUUUUGCUGGUAUCCAUGGUAACCUUAAGAGGCUGACGUUUCUCCUGUUGGCGUCAGGCCUAGUCAAAUCCCUCCUGGUGUUUGUAGAAAGUGUCGACUGAACCGAAGGGAGCCUCAGGAAGAACGCUCUGUCUAGAAAUCCUAACCUAGACGUUGCUGCAGCAGGUGAGUCGUUCUCAGAUGAAUUAUCUGAUUUCACGGCUCUGAAAUCAAACUUUCUCCUUUUGCCUUUUUUAUUUUGCCUUUAUGAUCCCAGAAUUACACCAACGGCUCCUCCAGGCAUUCUGUGUGAACAAUUUCUGUUUUUACUUUCAGUCCAACCAGAACCAGAACUACAGUGGAGCAUUUGGACCAUUAUAGAUUAUAAAAAUAGAUAGUGAGAGAAAAAACUUUUAAGAUUACAGAUUAAUAUCAGAAAUUUUAUGGAAGAAAAUUUGGAAAUCUGAGUUCAGAAAGUGAAAAUAUUUUUGAGGAAAGAUUCAGAAGUUUUGAGAAAAAUUUCACAAAUUUAUUUUAGAAAAAGGAAACAUGUUCUGAGCUUGUAAAGGUGAACAUUUUGAAUUUUAGUUAAGAUCAAUCUCAAAGUUUUUUUUCUCACUAAUGUGACUUGAGCUCAGAAAAUAUUCUAUUUUCUAGAAAUGUUCUAAUCUCAAAAUGUCUGAGUUUUUUAUGUAAAUUGUGUUGUUUUGGCCCAGAUCAGGAGGAUUCAGAAAUCCACUAAACUGAGCUGGAUUUAUGUUUAUUGAAACUCACAGCUUAUAUCCGUCAUCACAGCACAGCUUGGUUUAAAGGGAAAUUUCCAAUAGAUUUAUAAGUAAAAGUUGUUUAUAUUCUGACUUCAUAAGUAAUAAAGCAACCAGCCCAGAAUGUGUUUUAAGGUUAUAUGAGAAAAUAUGAUUCAACAAAAAUCUGUCCAGGAAGUUGGAUAUCAUUAUUUAGUUUACAUAAUAUAAGAUACAUUUUGUGAUUCAACUUCAAAAAUGGUGACAGUUGUGAAAUACAAUAAUAGGAAUUAUUUUAGCAGAAAAAAGUUUACAGGCCAAGAAAGACUGCUAACAUCAAUUUUACUGCGUUAAAAAGGGAAGCUAAUGCUAACUGUGCUCUGAAUUACCUGGACAAUAAACAGAAAAGCUGCUGAGUUA